AUGGACACGCACAUGAGCGCUGCGCCAGCGCUCCGGCCCGAGAUCGAGCGACUCACAAUACAGGCACUGGCGCGCGGCACUGCGCCGUCGCAGUGGCUCGCACAGGCGCGUGCGGUCCUCGCCGGAGAAGACAGCGGCUAUACGGUCGUCCAGGUGCUUCUAGCGCUCGUUGUGCCGCUGUCCGUCCCGCCAGAGCUGGCGCUCGACUACCUGACCCUCGCACUCGGCCGGCCGCUCGAGGACGCAGCGGGCGCCGCCUCAUCGUCGGCGUCGGCGCUCGACUUGCAUCAGCCGCUGUGCACACCUGCACAAGUGUCGCUCGCACUUCUGCAGCUGCAUGGCGAUGAGUCGGGCCGCCGUUCGAGCUCCUCUGUCGGCGCCGCUGCCAGCCUCCUGCUUGAGUGCGACUCGCGCGGCCUGCCAGAUCUCGAGGCAAUCACGCGCAUCUACGAUGCCUCCGCAUGGACGGCAGUCCUGCGUGUGGCAGGCAGCUGCGCUCGCAUGUGCGCCGAGGCUCUCGUCGCGCAGGAACACGCCGCUGCUAGCCUUACUGCAGGCUGGCUCACCGCCGGCGUGCCGGCGCUGGUCGAGUCCGCGCGCGCGGCACCGCAGGCUGGCGGCGUGGACGAGCAGAGCGUGCGGGCUGUGGAGGCCGCCUUUGCGACGCUCUUUGCUGCACUUGACUCGCACACAAACCCGCUCAUAUCGUCCGAGACUGCUCGGUCAGUGCUGGACUCGCUGCUGCACGGCACGCGCCCGCGAAGGGGAAGCACAGCGGCUGCGGCUGCACACGCGCAAGACAAGGGCCUCGUCGAGCAGGAGCGCGCGCUGCGUGCGGCGAGCGCAGCUCUGCCACCUCUGCAGACAUGGCGACUCGAAGUGUGGGACAUUGGCCAUCUGCAGCUACCCGGCAGCGCCGAGCCGUCGCCGAGCGUGGAGAUCGUGCAUCUGCUGCAUCUCUUUGUCGACGAGCAGCUUCCAUGGGCUGCCAAGGUCGAAGCGGCUCGUACAACUCUCAGUGCCCUGACGGACGCAGCCGACGCCAGCACCAGCGCGACGAGCAUCUACGAGACAUUCUACCUCUCCAUCUUUCUCGCUGCCGUCACAUCUCUCACGCACGUGCUGUCUCCGCCGCCGACGAUCGGAUCGCUGGAGCCGUCUGGGCGGAGUGACGCGGCCUAUGUUGUUGUGUGGCGCGCUGCUCUCUGUGGCAUGCUGCCGGCGCUUGUUGCGAGCCUGGAGUCCGAGCGCGUGGCCGCAGGAGCGCAUCCGCAGCACAUCAUGAGCGGCGUCUUCAAGGCGCUCCUGUCGCUGACAGAGGCCCGUCUGGUGGAGACGGAGCGCGUCAUGCUCGCUGCUGUGCCCUCCAAGUCGGCCGAAGAGCGCGGCGAGGACGACAUGGCGCUGGACGAGUGGCUCGCAUCAGCCUCGAGCCCGCCACAUGCACCGCUGCGUGGCGGUCUGCUGCGUGCCCUCGUCGACCUGCAGCUCAUGAGCGCGGCGGACGCGGACAGCACGAGCGUUGCUGGAGCGCUGGCCGAUGCCGAGCCGACACUCAUGGCGCAAGCAGGCGGAGAAGAGGCGCUCGCUGCCGACCUGGCCGACAAGAUGGCGCAUGACGACCUCACGGAGCUUCUGAACAAGGUCGCAGGCGACUACGGCGCACAGCCGACGUGCGCGCGCCAGCUUGUGCAGAUGCUGGCGAAUGCUGCGCAGGAGGGCGACCUCGAGCGUGUGGCCCGCGUCUCCAAGGCCUUGCUCGACAAUGCCUCCGCAGUCGACGUGAUGGCCCUCUACGUCGGAUCGCUCGAGGUGCUCCUGCCGUUCGCCACUCUGCUCGAUCGCACGGACCUCGGCGAGAUUGCCGACGAGCCGUCGGUCUUGUGCUCCGUCAUUCUCUUUGCGCAGUGGCUGCUUAAUCGUGCAGAGCUCGCUGGAGGUCUAGUCGUCGAGCAGCUGGCGGAGCACGCGCGUUUCCUGCCUCGCUUCGCCCGCUCGUGCACUUCCAUCUCGCGCCUCGACGACCUGGAGGCUGGCGAGCGCGAGCUCGUCGCGCGCUGGAUCCGCGCUCUCUACGAGAGCGAUGGCAUCUCGGACGAGCUCAUGCGUGACUCUGCACCGCAGGUCAUCAUGCGCCUGGCGCCGCUGCUCUUUUCUCAGUCCAUCACUGCCUGCAACACGGGCAUCAUCGACCUCGACACGCUCCGCGGCGGCCUGACGUACUUCGCCCAAGACCUGCUAUGCUUCGCUUUGCCCGGCGCUCUGCGCUGGGUCAUGACGGACCUGCAGCGUGUCCCGCUCAAGUCAGCUGCAGGCGGGCAGUCGAGCGGCCGUGCGGUGCACUACGAGAUCCUCAGCACGUUUCUGACGUCCGACAGCUGCUCCUCGACGGUCGCACAGCUUGUGGCAGCCGAUCUGCGACGCGUGCUGCGCGACUCUCAACUCGCUGCGGCGACGGCAGGCACGGACGUCGAUGUGGCCGUGCUCAGGAGCAAGCUCGAGGAGGCUAUCGAGGCGCUUCCGAGUCCCUCUCGUAGCACUGCCUGGCUCUCGCCAGCGCUCGGUGCGGGCCUGGUCGGCGCGCCGCUGGACAGCGUGCGCCCGCACGUCCAUCUCGUGCAGGCCACAGCUCGACGGGAACAGGUGGCAGAGGUGCUUGCGGCGCAUCUCCGCGACACGCUUGCCCUCGCGCCAGCCCUACCCUCACUCAAGCGCAGCCUGGCAUGCAUGCUGGCCUUCGACCACGUUCGCCCGACGCCCGCAUCCGCUGCGAUUCGGCACCACGCCCUCGUCACCCUCGUCACGCGCCAGAUGCUCGACGAGCCGACGCCGCCGAGUGCUUCUGCUGCCGAGGCACUGGGCCUGGCGCUGACGCUGCUGCAGCACGCCUCGAGCCCAGACUCCACUGCUGCCCAGCACGUCGGCCAGCUGCUCGCGCUGUGCUACGCACAGGCCCUCGCCGGCACGAGCUCCGAGGCGCUCCACGCCGCCUGCGCCUCGGCACUCGUAACGCUCGCCGCACGGACGCCGCUCGUCCGCAGCGAGAUCCUGCCCGUCUUUCCGGCGCUCGAGGCUGUGGUCUAG